AUGGCUGAGCUCGAGUUGAGGGGAAAAGGCUGGCGAGAUGGCACAGGGCUGGGGAAGAGAUUGAAUCGGUUGAAACAUGCGACCGUGGCUUUUCGACCUCUGCCGCAUAGCGCUUCUCAGCCUCCUGAAGACGGAUUGGAAACUCAGAUUGCCCAACCUCCCUCGCACCGCCUCAGGCCCAACAUCACUCCCAUUCUCAGACAAACAAUCACGGGCACGCAACAUCCGCGACCGCACAACCCAAACAUCCGUCAAUUGCACAUUGCGAAGCCUACCGUGCCAUCAACGGCAGACGUCGGUAGUGAGGGCGAAUCCGUCUCGGAGAACCCAAAAGUAGACUCUUCAGACAGAAAGUCCAUACCGGCUAUCUGGAAACCAGUCAUUGACGCCUCGAGUGCUUGGUUCCAUGACGGUGAGAGACGAUGGCGAAGGGGAUUGCGGUACUCGAACGGUGAAAUGCCGCGGGAUGCGGACGGUGUCAAUCGAGCCGUGCAAGCGUGGACUCGGAAGAAGCAGAGCGCGGAUGCUGCGAACCUACCGGAAACUGUCAAAAAGGCCUGCAAGCGCAAGUCUGCUUUCCUCAGGAACCUGGAACACGAUGGACCCUAG